AUGGAGGACCCCGCAGAAAUUGCCGUCUUAACGAGCGAGUAUAUCUCAUCACUCGAUAACCUUCCUCUUGAAAUCGUGCACAUUCUACGCGAAAUCGAAAUUAAAGAUGAAAAAGUACAAGAUAUCCUCUCACGAAUUGCUACCAAAGAGAGCCAAAUGCGUGAGCUAUACAGCAAUUCAUCCUCUUCUGCAAGCUCAAGUUCUACGUCUGACUCUUCCCUAGCUAAGGCCGAUAAACUUGCUUCGCGUAUUGCUUCUGAUUACACGCGUGCUGAGGAGUGGUCGACUCAGAAAAAGGAGCUAUCCCAUAAAUUAUGGCGAAAAGUAUAUGCCCACCACCGAAGGCUGUUGAAGGACAUUGAGCUUAUUGAUGACGAUCUGGUGGCCAGUGUGGCAUCUUCUAUUCCUAAAGCAGCUACUCUGGCAGAACGCUCACAACUCCCACUCUUGCUUGUCAAUGCAGGCGUGGGUGACACGGACAACGAUGCGGGCGACCCUAAGACACGGAAGAAGCGCUCUAUAGGUGGAAGUGUGUCUGAUGCAAAGCAUCAUGGCCACAAGUCUGGCUCAAGUGCACGUGGAACACCUAAUCUGGACGACCCCAAAUACUUGGAGAAAGACUCGUAUGGAGCAGGGGAUGGCGAAGAUGAACGUGAUGAAAACUUAUACUGUUUCUGCCAGCGAGGCUCUUUCGGUGAAAUGAUCGGCUGUGAUUCUGAUGACUGCAAGUAUGAAUGGUUCCAUAUUGGAUGUGUUGGUGUUUCUAAGCCACUUCCUCAGACCUGGGUGUGUAGUGAUUGCUUGGCGAAGAAGAAACGCCGACGAGCCUGA